AUGGCAUCUAAAAGAAUCAUUCACCUUCUUCUAUUCGUUUUGUUAUUAACUUUGAGUUUCAUUAUCGCCGAAGCUAAGAUACCGCUGAAACUUAAUAAUCCUAUAGCAAAUGGGCAAACUGGUAACAGUUCAGUAGCUCCAUCACCAGCAGCUCAAUCACCAGCGGCUACCUCAACAGUGGCCCCCCAGGCAGCAAGCUCCGGUAAAAAACCAGUUAACGAUCCGGUAUUAAACGGUAAUAAUAAUACAGGAGUGACAUCAAAUGUCACUAAAAGCGAAACUGUUAGUCGUACUUCUACUAUUUCAAGCGCUACUGAUGACAAAACCUACUCUGCAGAUGAUUCUAAAGAAACUACGUUGGUGGUCGUAACUGGUAAAAAAGCUCAAGCACAAGCAGAUUCAGCAUCUGGUGCAUCCACUGUAAUCAUGACUAGAAAAAAUGAUUAUUAUUCUGGUAUCAUGGCAGCCUUAUCUAUGAUUGUUAUUAGUUCAGUAUUAAUGAUUUAA